AUGCAUAAAAUGAACAGUGUGCACGCCAAAAAAAAAGUUCGCCAGUAUUCAGAUGAGUGCUUGCUGUUUGGGUUCAUACCAGCGACUCAUGAUGAAAGGUUGCCUUUUUGUCUGUUAUGCCACCAAUGUUUGACUAAUGAAUCCAUGAAGAGAGGUCGUCUCGAAAAUCAUUUGAAGGCAAAACACAGUAUUCAUGUUAAUUCAAAACUGGAGGAUUUUAAAUCCCUAAAGGAGAAGUUUGAAAAAAGAUCAACAAUAAAUUCAUUGUUCUCUGCAAGAAGUGCAAGCAAGGAUCGUGGUCUUGAGGCUAGUUAUGAAAUUUCUCUUCUCAUAGCAAAAUUUGGCAAAAAUCAUACAAUAGGGGAGAAUUUAAUUAAGCCCGCAAUAUCAACUUUUCUGAAAGUAGUUCUUGAAAAAGAUGACCAAGAUCUCAAAAGCAUGCCGCUCAGUAAUAAUACUGUUAGUAGCAGGAUUGAUGAAAUGAGUUGUGAUGUAGAAGUACAACUUGUUGAAAAAUUAAAAUAUACAAAUUUUUCAAUCCAGUUGGACGAAUCAACUGUAAGAGAUAGUGAAGCUCUGUUAAUGGCCUAUGUAAGAUAUGUUGAUAAUGGAGAAUUUAUUGAGGAUAUGCUAUUUUGCGAAGCAUUAGAAACCACCACUAUUGCAAUUGAUAUAGAUAAGAAAUUAAAAACAUAUUUAGAUUAUAAGCAGAUACCAAUGGAGAACAUUAUAUCUUGUGCUGCAGACGGUGCUCCAGUGAUGAUGGGCAAGAAAAAUGGAGUCUUAAAAUUAUUGAAAGACGACAAUCCCCAAAUUUUGUUAGUGCAUUGUGUUAUUCAUAGACAGAAUUUAGUUUCCAAAAAAGUUUCCCCUGUUCUAAACGAGACAUUGAAUGCAGUUAUAAAAUGCAUCAACACUAUAAAAGCUAAUGCCAAAUGUGAGUGUCUUUUCAAACAAUUUUGCAAGGAUCAAAAUGCAGACUAUGUAAGAUUAUUACUUCAUACUGAUGUAAGGUGGUUAUCAAAUGGGAAUUGCCUGAAAAGAUUCAUGGAAUUAUUUGAUAUUCUUAGUGAGUUCUUGGAUGACAAACCUUAUAUGACUCUGUUACUGACAAGCACUUGUCAGUUAUUUAGCAGAUAUAUUUGA